AUGCAGCUCUUCGAUGCACCAGUUUAUCGAUUGCAGCUGUCUUGUACACCUUCAAAUCUCCAAAACGUGUCAACCGAUCUCCCAGAUAACCAUAACCCCCACCUCCGAAUCGCUCUUAAUGAGUCACCAGUUUCUGAACUAGAGACGGCCAAAUAUCAAGCAGAGUUUGGCUUGGAGAAAUCCUUUCUUUCCAUGGAACAGUUGGACAAUUCGAACGAAACGUACCCAGAUAUCAGAUACCCCUUGGUUGCUUUCGGUAGGACGGCUUUCUGGAUUGGUAGUAUCCAGCUUACUCAAUAUGAUGGUCUUGAUGGGAUGACUGCCACAAAGCGAUGGGGCAGUUUGAGUCCCUUUACUCAAAGCAGCGUGGCCUUCCCGCAACUCGGUAUCCAUGACGACACCUAUAAUCUGACUUUCUCAGGAGUGGCAUGCCAUAUCAACAGAUCGACUGGACGUGCUGAUAUCAAAGUGAACGGGAGUGACUGGUCUGUUAUUGAGAAUACCCUUUUUGGCGAAAAAGUUGAACAACAAUAUGAAAUGCCCAUAUUGAGCGUUGCGUCAGCUGGAGAUGUGUUCGACGACGGUGCCAGAGGGAAAGCACCUGGACUCGGUGGCCAUCUACUUCGGGCUGCACUCAACGUAAAAAGUGAGGCGAGUCGUCCUUCCUGGGACUUGGAAACCCUUGCAGAUGCUUUCCUGUGGUACGAAAUGGAAAGCCGCCACGUAUUCAUGGACAGCGAGCAACCGAACAAGGCCAUGCGGUAUCAAGUCCUGUCCAACAUCGACGAAUACACCAUGACAUUCAUUCCGUGGAUUCUCCUAUCUGGCCUCAUUGCGUUGGUGGUCGCAUGUGGACUUUCUGCUGGGCUCUCACUUGAUUCCUGGAAAGUACACUCUUUAAGAAGCGGGAGAAUUCUAGAUUCAAUCCGAUUGACAGCUGAUGUGGGAAUGGCCCUCGACAAGCAGGUUUUUGAGAAGUGUUCAACAUGGCACGGCACAAGGCUGAACAAGUGUGCCGAUGAAGCGCGUUUCCAAUACGUGGCUGACAUGCGGUUGAACAGUGAAACAAAUACGUAUGCUGUAGGUAUCUGCCUUCGACAAAUAUCACGGCCACAUGACUGA